CAUCUGUAUUCUGGUGGGGUUGCUUGCGCUCUUGCUGCAGAAGACACAGCCAGGCAGCUUGGCAUCAGGCUAUUCAAAAGCCUCACCCCCAGAGCGCCGACUGAGCCACGGGAUCUGAUGAAAUGGGAACUCAGCCCUUCCGUCGUCGAGGGAAAGGAGAAUGGACAGAGAAGCAGCCGGAACCCAGCCAGACGCCUCCUGCAUCCCAGCCGAUCCGUCUUGUGGCAUGCGCCGUACUAAUAAUGGGGUUAUUUCUAAUAGUGGUAGCAGCUGGGGGUUGCUAUGUCAUUCUUUUCCAGAAGACAGACAGGAUGAAGAUUGAGAGGCUGGAGUUACGAAAGGAUGGGUUUACCAUCAAAAGCCAGGGUGGAGACAUCAUCUUCGUGUUGACCUUUCGGUCUGGGGUCCUUGACCUGGAGUCCUGCUUCCAGGAAAAUAAAACGUUAACUUGUACCAAGACAGAUAAAAGAAAGAUCCAUUUCGUUAUCAGUGCGAUUAAGCCUAAGAAGGCAGUGAACUGCUACUCCAUCAACUGGGAAGAGUUGAUAGCAGACACAGUGGUGGAGCACAAAAUAUUCUGGGGGGAGGCCCACUGGUAUGGAGGCUAUGAGAUGAGUGUCCAGCACUGGCCAAUCAAGCUGCCAGGAUGCCAGGAACCCAUGCCUUUUGUGACCAGUGAUGUGUAUUCUUUUAGGAACAGCUUUGGGGGUGUCCUGGAGAAGUACUGGUUGUCUUCCAAAGCAGUGGCCAUCAAGAUCAACGACUCUGUGCCCUUCCACCUGGGGUUCAAUGCCACUGAACCAUCUCUUGUUUUCCAAGCCAGGUAUAAAGAUUCCCCAUAUGGUUCUUUGUUGGGGGAGCGAUCUUUUCCAGGGUUAUAUUAUCAUGUCUGCGUAGCUCCGGACAUGACUUCUGCCCAUAAAUACAUGAUGCAGAGUUAUUUCAAGAAACAUUUGAAAGUGCCUUCAGAACAAAUGUUCAGAUUUCCAAUCUGGUCAACGUGGGCCCUUUACAAAAAAGAGAUUGAUCAAAAUAAAGUUCAGGAAUUUGCCCAAAUGAUUCGGAAGUAUGGCUUUAAAGCCAGCCAUAUUGAAAUAGAUGACAUGUAUAUGCAGAAUUAUGGUGACUUUGACUUUGACCCCUUGAAGUUCCCUCGUGCAACAGAAAUGUUUGAAAAGCUUAAGAAAGACGGAUUUAAUGUUACUGUCUGGAUACACCCAUUUGUACAUAAAAAAUCACCAAACUUCAAGGUAGGACUAGAGAAACGUUUUUUUGUCACACAGCGAAAAGAGAUAUUACCUGCCAUGGUUGAGUGGUGGAAUGGUAUUGGCGCCAUAUUGGAUUUCACCAACCCUUUGGCCAGAGACUGGUUUCACACACACUUAAAGGAGCUCUGCUUAAAAUAUGGCAUAUCCUCCUUCAAGUUUGAUGCCGGGGAGACAUGCUAUCUUCCCAAAGAGUUCAGCACCUUCCAGCCCCUUCUGGAUCCCAGCAUCUGGUCCAAGUAUUAUGCAGAAAUGGCCAGCGCUUUUCAUGGGCUUGCAGAAGUUCGAGUUGGUUACCAGUCCCAACACAUCUCGUGUUUUGUUCGUAUUAUUGACCGGGACUCAGUUUGGGGAUACGAGCUUGGGCUAAAGUCCAUAAUUCCCACAGUACUAAGCAUUGGCCUUCUGGGAUACCAUUUCAUACUACCAGAUAUGAUUGGUGGAAAUUUUAUUCCAAAUAAAACCGAUGGGGCUGUUGAAAUUCCAGACCGAGAGCUCUACAUCCGCUGGCUGGAGUUGUCCGCCUUCAUGCCAUCUAUGCAGUUCUCCAUCCCCCCUUGGCUCUACGACAAAGAGGUCAGAACCCUGAAGUUCACCAGGCUUCACGAGUCCCUGGUGGCCCCCCUCUUGCUGGAACUGGCCGGAGAGAUCACGGACACGGGGGAUCCCAUCAUACGGCCCAUCUGGUGGAUCUCUCCCGGGGACGAGUCUGCUCACAAAAUCGAUUCCCAGUUUCUCAUUGGCGACACCCUGAUGGUGGCUCCUGUCUUGGAGAUGGGGAAACAGGAACGAGACAUCUACAUCCCAGCGGGCAAAUGGCGCAGUUACAAAGGAGAGUUGUUUGAAAAAACUCCCACCUUGAUAACGGACUAUCCUGUUGAUCUGGAUGAGGUUGCUUAUUUCUUUUUGGUUCCUUAAAUAGCCUCAGACCCAAAGAAUCCUUCCCCCUUGAAAUUCUCUUAGAAUCAUGGAAUUGGAAGGGGCCACGUAGUUCAAUCUUGAGUUGACAUUGACUUAACUCAAAUUGUUUGUUUUUAGAUGAACAAUUAUUUUCGCUCAGAGCAAUUUUUCUUAACAAAUGGCAACGGUUCUUAUUGUGAGCCUUUUCAUUCUGCUGAACUUUCAUUGCUUAAAACCUGUUCAUCUCCGCUGUCCAUGAUGUGGAAGAACUGUUGCCAUAAGACAGCAGACAGGGAAAUCAGGACCAGGGUGACUAAUCAAUCAGUACAGGGAUGGAGAGAAAGACAAAUGAAUGUCGUGACAGUUUUGUCAACUCCUUCUCCAGGAAUAUUUUGGAUUCUUUUUUUCCAGGGUGUCAUUCAUACAUGGGGGUUCUUCAUGGAAAAUGGCUAUCAAUGUUGCAGGAAACAUACAUAAGCCAGAUGCUAAGGGAGAUACUAACUUGCUAGUUUGGAUCACCAACAUGCCAACCCACAGGAGAAGGUUAGUGAGGGUGCCACUUUCACCCUCCCCCAUCCCAUUGUGUACAGCUCAUGAACCAGAGCUGAAGUCCUACCUGAGGUUUAGAAUGGCAUCCAAACCAGUAACAACUUCUGUUUUGCAUCUGGGCAGUCUGAAUUCAAGGUCUGUUGUGUUGCUGAAAACUUUACUCAAGGUAUAAUUGAUUGAGCAAGUGAUCCUAUGAAGUAUGGGAACCAGAUAAGCAAAUGCCGCAUGGUCACAGUGCACUUUUUCUGGCAACAAAACAAGUGUUUUAACACUGCCUUUCUUUGGGAUGUUCUUCAAUUUCCCAAUCUAGCCUGCAGCCCUGGAAUCCUGUGGUGGCCCCAUCCAAAAACUAACUAGAUCUAGCCCUCGUUGCUUACUUUCCCUAGCUCCCACCUCCUUGCAGCCACUGUGGCGGUCAGGAAAUUCCAGAGCUGGAAACUAGAUUGGGAAGUUGAAAAAUACAUCCUAGAAAGAGGCCAAAGUAAGUCAUUUCUGUCUUAAUGACAAGAGAACGCCUUGGAUAUAUCCAUGGUCACCAGGACAAGCCACCUUGAGCGCAAACUGAGAUAGGGUCAUGUGCAACUUGUUUGACUAAUGAAAUAAACAAGGUUACCCUUCCUUGGCAUGACACCUGUCUCAAGAUGGCUGUGCUUGCUGGGGAUCUGUAGACGCAACAUAUCCAGAAUUCUGUGACCUAGUUGACAACACAGUUUGGGCUCCGUUUCUUGGUUCUGUUGCUUCACAUUCUAAGCACUAACACCUCCAGCCCAUAUCAGCUUGCCAUGACAAAGAGAAGAUCCUUCAUCACAUAAUUUCAAUUGGAGGUGGCAUCAUAUAGAUGAAAAGAAGACUUCCUAGUGGUGAUGCCUAAAGUUGGAAUGUCCAUCUUGCAAUAUUUUGGGCACCUGGUCAAAACAUUUGUAUCACUUUAAUUGAUAAUUACUGCUAGUUUCUAUUGUUUGCAUGAUUGUUCUUUUUUAUUGUUUUAUUGGAGUUUUCAUCUUUACAUGUGCACUAUCACUGAACCCAUUUGAAUGUAAGCCAGAUCUGAAGUUUAGCAAAAUGGAAUAAAAAUAA